ACACUUUAUAUUACUCGCCCUUAUCUUCUAUCUCGAUGGCUCUCUUUCUCCUGGCAAUAUUAAUAGUGAUGGUCCCUUCAGGCCAUGCCUCGUGGCCACCUUCACCGGGCUACUGGCCAAGCUCUAGAUUCAGGUCCAUGAGCUUCUACGAAGGAUUUAGAAACCUCUGGGGUCCUCAGCACCAGAGACUAGACCAAAACACAUUAACAAUUUGGCUCGACAGAACCUCAGGAAGUGGGUUUAAGUCAGUUCGUCCCUUCCGGUCCGGAUACUUCGGUGCUUCUAUUAAACUCCAACCGGGCUAUACUGCAGGAGUCAUCACGGCUUUCUACCUUUCGAACAACGAAGCACAUCCUGGCUUCCACGAUGAAGUAGACAUAGAGUUUCUCGGGACAACAUUUGGGAAGCCUUAUACUCUGCAGACGAAUGUGUACAUAAGAGGGAGUGGUGAUGGCAAAAUCAUAGGCAGGGAAAUGAAGUUCCAUCUCUGGUUUGAUCCCACCAAAGAUUUUCAUAACUACGCUAUACUCUGGAGUCCUAAGGAAAUAAUAUUCCUAGUGGAUGAUGUGCCGAUAAGGAGGUACCAGAAGAAGAGCGAUGCCACAUAUCCGGUGAGGCCAAUGUGGGUGUAUGGUUCGAUCUGGGACGCAUCAUCAUGGGCAACCGAAGAUGGAAAGUACAAAGCAGAUUACAGAUACCAGCCAUUCGUGGCCAAGUACAGCAACUUUAAGGCCAGCGGUUGCUCAGCCUAUGGGCCGAUUUGGUGCCGCCCGGUCUCGGUUUCGCCGUACAGGUCCGGUGGGUUGAGCGGCCAGCAAUACAGGGCCAUGAGAUGGGUUCAAAGAUACCGUAUGGUUUAUAAUUAUUGCAAUGACCCCAAAAGAGAUCACAGGCUAACACCGGAGUGUUGGGGCUGAGACCAGAAUUAGAGUGAAAUUGGGGGCGCUUCAUUUAGCGCUUGAAAGUUCUUACACUAUUAUUGUUGUUAUUCUCUCUUUGAUUUGGCUUUGUUUUAUUUCUCUCAUGUCUUUCAGAAAGCUUCUAUUUUGCUUCGUAGGGGUGACUCAGACUCAAGAUGGGUCCCCCACUCCACAACAACGUUGAUGUAUUAAGGAUGUGCAAGCCUCAAGGUCAAGGCCCUCCCCACAAAGCACGAGAAAAUUUGGACCCGGUUAUGUUUCAUUUGGAAUGAUGUAAGAAGAAAUGAAGGAGAAUUAUAUUAUUCUCACACAAAUAAAUUAAUUAUUAUAAAAUUUAUUAAUAAUUAAAUUAAAAUAUUUAUAAUUUAUCUUAAUUAUUCAGUUAUCAAUAAAUUUUAUUGUAAUUAAUUUUUUUAUGUAAGAUUUGUAUGUAUUAUUUUUAAGAAAUAAAGCUGUGGAAGUGUGAAAAAGAAAAUGUCAAAAAAAUCAAAUGU